GAUGAUGAAAAGGAUGAUCUAUAUGAUUAUUUGAGUUCAGCAUUCGAAGAAUUUGCGAAAGCUUGGAACACAGUUAUUGACAAAGUUAAAUAUUAUCAAUGCCAUGAACUUCCAGCAACAAAACCUCAAAUCGAUCUUAGUUCUCCCAUUGUAUUUGGUUUAGUGGAACCGAAAGAUACCGGUGUUUAUCUUUGCUCAAUUCUAGAGUAUUUGAUUGGACUACAAAAUAAUUUCCUACAAGAGGUUGCAGAGAUUAAUCCUGACACCUGUUGCUCUCUUAAGUUUUUGGAGGAUAAUUCAUUUAGUAAUAAAAACGAUGCAGCUUCUUCAGCAAACAAAGGUUUUAUUGCUAGAUAUUACAUUCAAUCGAUGCAAAUAGAUCAAAUGCAAGCAAUUAACUUUAUUGAUUUUCAAUGGAGCGACGAUUUCCUUCAACAUAAUCAAAGAAAUCUUGAAAUUGGACAUGGACAGGAUAUUAUAUAUAAUUUGCAAAAAAUUGAAUCUGAACUUGCUCAAUUAUUGGUCUUAGAAAAAGUUUAUAUUAGCACAGCUGAUUCACAAUUAUAUUUAGAACCUUUUCAUUAUCACAUGGAACUAUUUCAAGGUUAUAUGAGAAUCAUCAGUGAAAUUAAAGAUCUAAUUCCACAGAAACAGAUUUCUGCGGAAAAAAUUGGACUUAUUCUCGGUUCUGCAUUUUCUCCAAUAUCUUCUUUUGGAUAUCAACAAUAUAACAUGGAAUCUUUAUCAUAUGACAAUGCGUCAGAACUUCUUUCACAUUUAGAAAUUUUACUUUGUUUUGUUAAAAGAACUUCAGUUGGUGAUGGAGAAAUUUUGAUCGACGAAUAUGUUAAUCAAUGGAUAAAGCUUUCCAACUU